GUCGUUUUAACGUAAUUUCCCUCAAAAAUUCCAAAGAAUUUUCUUCUCUCCACCUUCUACCUGUGAAGGAGAGCUAAAAAUAAAAAGAAAAAUAAAAAAACAAUCUAAAAAAAGGAGGUGUUGAUUCGUCAAAAGAACGUCUUCUCACAAUCCUAGCGUCGUAUGGUUUAAGCUCUCUCUCUCUCUCUACUUCUCCCAUCGAUCUCCUCCUCCGGCUUCAAGUCGCCGGAUUCCGAUUGUACUUGAUCCCCCGCUUCACGGUUUUCGUGAUUCCAAGGAAGAGGUAUAUGAUUGGUGUAAUUUCCGGCGAUUUGUGGAGAUAUUUUGGAGCAAUAGUAUUUUAUAGGAAUCUUUUUUUCUCAGAAGUUUCUGUAUUAAUAAUUGAAAGAGGAAAAAUAUUAGGUUUUGCUUGAAUCAUAAGACUUUUUGGUAGUCUGAGAAGGUUUUCUUAGGUCUUUUAGCAUUUUUUUGCUACUAUUAAGUCAUUGGAGAUGGAUGAAGAGGCUUCUUCUUGGAUUAGGAGGACUAAGUUUUCUCAAACUGUUUCUCAUCGUCUUGAUUCCUCCAAGUUAUCAUCUCUCUCUUUUAACUCUAACCAAGACAAGAAGCUCCCUGGCCUUAAAACGCCAUCGUCAUCAUCAUCACCUAAGUUGGUUUCAAGUAACUCACAGAAAACUAGGCAGGAUUCCGCAGCUGUUGUUGAUUCAGACAUACAGAUAAACCCUGUGACGAACAAACCGAGGUCUGUUUCCCCCUCUCCUCAGACGCCUAUUGCUGAAGUCUUUAAGGAAGCCAAGUCUGAUCGUAAGAGAUUCUCUACUCCGCAUCCAAGAAGAAUAGACUCGGAGAAGCCCAAGUUGUCCCAUAAAGAAACCUUUGACAAGAAAAGAUCAGUCAGCUUGCAGUCUCCAACGGUUCCCAUCAGGGAUUUAAGCACUCUGAGGAUCCAAGAGAGGGUGAAGACACAGGGGAAGAAAGACACUGGAUGGUCUAAGAUUUUGAACAAUGGUGGUCGUAAGGUGAGCGCUUCGGAAGCUGCUGAAGAGUACCGUGUUGAUAUGUCCAAGCUGUUACUUGGGCUUAAGUUUGCUCAUGGGUUAUAUAGCAGACUUUACCAUGGGAAGUAUGAGGAUAAAGCUGUUGCUGUGAAGCUUAUCACUGUCCCUGAUGAUGAUGAGAAUGGAUGCUUGAGUGCUCGUUUGGAGAAACAGUUUACUAAGGAAGUCACCCUUUUGUCCCGAAUGUCCCAUCCUAAUGUUAUCAAGUUUGUGGGAGCGUAUAAAGAUCAUCCUGUAUAUUGUGUCCUCACCGAGUAUUUACCUGAAGGAUCCUUAAGAUCAUAUCUGCACAAGCCUGAGAAUAGGUCUCUUUCUAUGAAAAAGCUGAUAGAGUUUGGUCUGGAUAUUGCAAGAGGAAUGGAAUAUAUUCAUUCACGGCAUGUUAUUCAUCGGGAUCUUAAGCCAGAAAAUGUGUUGAUCGACGAAGACUUUCAGUUGAAAAUUGCUGACUUUGGCAUAGCGUGCGAGGAGGAGUUCUGUGACAUGUUAGCUGAUGAUCCAGGGACCUAUAGGUGGAUGGCACCUGAAAUGAUAAAACGGAAACCUCAUGGGAGAAAGGCCGAUGUAUACAGCUUUGGACUUCUUUUAUGGGAAUUGGUAGCUGGAGCAACCCCGUAUGAGGACAUGACUCCUAUUCAAGCUGCUUUUGCAGUUGUGGACAAGAACAUUAGGCCAGCUAUACCGGAAGAUUGUCCAGCAGCAAUGAAAGCUCUGAUAGAGCGUUGUUGGUCGGUUACACCGGAUAAGAGACCUGACUUCUGGCAGAUAGUGAAAGUGCUUGAACAGUUUGAGACAUCACUGGAACGUGAAGGGAACUUGAAUCUGGCUUCAAACAAGAUCUGCAAGGACCCAAGGAAAGGUCUAAAACAUUGGAUUCAGAAGCUUGGACCGGUUCACGGAGCCAGCAGUGGCAUUGGUGGCUCGGCGGUCUUGCCUAAGCCUAAAUUCGCUUGA